AUGACGCCCAAAUGCUCUGUUCCGCCCCUUCAGUUUCAAUCCUUGAACGGUCUCCGACAACUCGCCGAAACGCGUCGUUUCAAGGUAUGGUUGUUGGACCAGUUCGGAGUCCUCCACGACGGAAAACAACCUUAUCCCGCUGCUAUUUCAACAUUAGAAAAUAUAGCGAAGACGGGUGCUAAGAUGGUGAUCAUAAGCAACUCCUCAAGACGAUCAUCAAUCACCAUUGAAAAAGUGAAGGGUCUUGGCUUUGAUGCCUCUCUUUUUCUGGGGGCCAUCACUAGUGGAGAACUAACUCACCAGUACUUACAAAGGAGAGAUGAUCCUUGGUUUGCAGCAUUGGGGAGAUCGUGUAUUCAUUUCACCUGGAAUGGCCGGGGAGCAAUAUCCCUUGAGGGCUUAGACUUGAAAGUUGUGGAGAAUGUUGAAGAAGCUGAAUUUGUUUUGGCUCAUGGUACUGAAGCCUUGGGGAAUGCUGAUGGGAGUGCACGUUCAAUGGAGCUUAAAGACCUUGAGAAGAUAUUGGAACUCUGUGCUGCCAAAGGAAUUCCUAUGGUUGUAGCCAAUCCAGAUUAUGUAACUGUUGAAGCAAGAGACUUACGAGUGAUGCCUGGUACACUGGCAGCCAAAUAUGAAAAGCUUGGGGGUGAAGUAAAAUGGAUGGGCAAACCUGAUGAGAUAAUCUACAAGUCGGCCAUGGCCAUGGCUGGGACAGAUGUCUCUGACUGUAUUGCCGUGGGUGAUUCAUUCCAUCAUGAUAUUAAGGGUGCUAAUGCUGCUGGAAUCGAAUCAGUUUUCAUCACUGGUGGGAUUCACGCUACUGAACUUGGACUCCGUGGUUUUGGAGAAGUUGCAGAUUCAUCUUCUGUGCAAUCACUUGCUACCAAAUAUGAAGCUUAUCCAUCUUACGUGUUGCCAGCUUUCACAUGGAGCUGCUUGAUAUCUCACCGGAGUUCAAAGCAAACAUCAUUUACAACAUUGAAUGCAAUAUUGGAAUUCC